UCGAUGCCGGUGUUGGGAGGGGGAUGGGCAGUACUGCCAAUGUAAAGGACGUGAGAGAGAACCACAGAGCUGUAUAUACCCAUAUAAAUAUCAAUUAUAAUUAUUGUAAAACAAAACUGGAGGUUGAUGUAUUGUUUGGCAACUCAACGUGAAAAUGGGAAGACUGUACAAUGUCUUAAACAGGAGAGAUGUGAAACUUUCAACCCUUGCAUGAGGGACAUUGAGAAGUGUGGAAGAUAUCCUGAGAGCGGGAGCAGCCUCGCGGCGGACAGUUCAUAGGAAACACCGAGGUCGCGGGAAGAGGCCUGCUGUUUGAUGUUGGCAUGUUUAAAAACACUGAAUUCUUUUAGUUCGCUGUUGGAUUUAAGUUGAGUUGGAACGACGCUGUAGGUCUCCUGAUGUGUGUGACUUGGCACAGCAGCGCCCCAUCUGAGGAGUGCUUUGCUGCUGCCGUUAGGAGCCCGUGAUUCUCCUCUUCCUUCCCCCUCACCCCCAUCCCCUCCCCUGCGUCGCUGUGCUUGACGUCAUGAGCAUAGUAAUUGCACUGGGAGUCACCACACCUGAGACACCUUACACUGAUAUGGCUGCUGGAUCAGAUCCUGAGUCUGUUGAAGCGAGCCCAGCAGUAAACAAGAAAAAAUACUCAAGUCACAACUGUGGGAACACACAGAAUCAUGGAUAUCGGGGCCUGCCCUAUGCUGAUCAUAACUAUGGAGCCCCACCCCCUCCCACCCCUCCUGCCUCCCCACUCUCCCAUAACGUCUUCACCCGCACUGAACGCAAUGGCACUCUGGGACGAUCACGAUCCUGUUUCCCUACCAAUGAACAAGACAACUCUGCCAACAGUGAAAGCUCAUCGGAGGAGGAGGAGGAGGUGGUGGAGGGGGCGGUCCCACCUGCCUGGUGUCAGUGCCAUCUGAUGCAGGAUGGCUUCCUCAUCAAGUGCGAGAACUGCAGGGGUCUGGAGAAGAAAGGGCUCAAUGGACAACGGCGAAAAGCAGAGAAUGUAUCAGUGGGAGAGAGCAGUGCGACAGAGAGUGGAGAUGAGGACAUGUCAGCCUCAGCAGUGUCAUACACGGCCACUCAACACACACCCACCAGCAUCACUCUCACUGUCAACAGAGUGAAACACAACAAAGUCAAGAAGAGAAAGAAGAGCACAGAGAAAACGCGCAGUACCACUAAAGCAAAGAAGGUUAAGGCUUACAGAGAGGGUUCCAGAAAAUCCAUGAGAAUGAAGAACUCUACGUUUGAGGCCAGCGUUCUUGAUGAGAACACAGCAGAAGGAUGGGAGACACGAAUCCGGCAGUGGACGGACCAGUAUGAGGAAGCUCUGGCUAACCAGUAUAGCGCUGACAUACAGACCCUCCUCGAGCACCAUUGUGCCAAUGACAGCUCUUCCCCCACCCCGGCUACUGUCGUCAUGGACACCAUUAACAGAACAGAACUGGCUUGCAACAACACAGUGUUGGGCUCACAAAUGCAGCUACAGCUGGGUCGUGUGACACGUGUCCAGAAACAUAGGAAGAUUCUCAGAGCUGCACGGGAUUUAGACCCUGACACUCUCAUCAUUGAGUACAGAGGCAAGGUCAUGCUCAAACAACAGUUUGAGGUCAAUGGACAAUUUUUCAAAAAGCCGUACCCAUUUGUCCUGUUCUAUUCAAAGUUCAAUGAAGUGGAGAUGUGCGUAGAUGCUCGAACAUUUGGCAAUGAUGCUCGCUUCAUCAGAAGAUCAUGCAUGCCUAACGCUGAGGUGCGGCACAUGAUUGCAGAGGGGAUGAUUCACCUGUGCAUCUACGCUGUUACUGAAAUCUCAAAAGAUUCUGAAGUCACCAUCGGGUUUGACUAUGAGUUUAGCUGCUGCAAUUAUAAAGUGGAUUGUGCUUGUCAUAAGGGCAAUCAAAACUGUCCUGUGCAGAGACACAACCUCAGCCCCCUUGAGCUGCUGUCCCCUCAGUCUUCAUACUCUGCCCUGCCUGGAGCAGAAACACGGAGGAGACGAGCGCGACGCAGGGAAAUGGAAGGGGAUAGGCUUAUAACUGGUGUUUCUGAUGAGAGCAACCAGCUCCUGGAAGAUGCAAGCGAGACACAGGGAGUUAGCGACACAGAGGACACUCUUAUGUACAGAGUUAAGCUGGAGGAUGGAGAGGAGGAGUUAGACGAGAAUGGUGCAGUAAUACCAAAUAGACAGUCUCUUGAGGACCGCAAGGCAGAGGUCAUCUUGCACGUUUUUCAGAACCUUGACAGGAGAAAGAAACGUGUGUCUCAGGGUACAUUGGAUGGUGUGGCUGAACAAACCAAACUGGAAGGGGAGGAAGCAGAAGAGGGUGUGCCUUCUUUCACAGCAGGAAAUUGUGUGCCAGAUACAGGAGCAGGUGGAGGAAUCAGUAUGCAACGCACCACCUUUACCACUGUGGACACAACAGCCAUUGACUCUGAGAAGCCAUCUGCCCUGCCCAGUACUACCCCUAAACCACAAGCUGCCCGCAGCUCCAAACCACGACCCAAAAGUCGUAUCUCUCGAUACCGCUCCACUUCAGCCCAGCGUGCCCGAAGACAGCGGCAGGCUCUUGCACAGCAGGCAGCGGAGGGAGUUCUGACAGGUGGUGAAGAGGGGGGUACAGGGGCAAGUCUUGGAGAGCAGAGACAAGGAGAGGGAGCUCUGAGCUCUGGACAUCUCCAGGAUAGUGACACACAUGGAGCCUCUUCUACAGCGAUGGGUAAUAAGGCAAAUGUCAGAUACCCCAAAACCAAAAAGUAUCUGGUAACAGAGUGGUUGAAUGAUAAGGUUCACGAGCGGGUGGAGGAGUCUGUGGAAUGCCCUUUACGCAUCACCACUGACCCCACAGUUCUGGCCACCACCCUUAACAUGCUGCCAGGACUAUCUCACUCACCUUUCAUCUGUACUACACCCAAACACUAUGUUCGCUUUGGUUCACCCUUUAACCCUGAAAGACGCCGACGACCUCUUAUCAUUGACCCCUCAUAUGGUUCUUGCAAGAAGAGGUGGAUGAAACAAGCGCUGGACGAGAGCAUGUUAUCUGGCCCCAUGCAAGAUGGAACCGAGUCCAAUUCUUCCCACAAAAGUAAUACCAGCAGUAGCAGCUCUCUCCCAUUCAGAUCUGAGCUGACAGGACCAUUUAAGAAGAGGAGGUUAAAGUAUACAUCAGAAAUGGCUCCUCCUCCCUUUGAACUGUUGUUGCGACCAUUGUCUCCCAUCACCCCACCACUGUCCACUGAACUUCCCGUGAUGCCUCUUCACCCCCUCCUGACUCCUUGCCCGCUUUAUUUAGACGGAGAGGUUGAGGGGCAGAACGGCACAGUGCUUUCCUUCUCACCUCACACAUCCCUGCCAACCAGCCGCUGCAAUACACCUCUACAGUUUGAGAACAUAUCUUCUCCUGAAGCCUCUCCUGUGCACAGAUCAGAAUCUCUGACUCCAGAACCAUGUUUGCGUCCUGACUUUACUUCACAGGUCACGGCCUUCCCUGACCUUUCCUCAAGCCUGGGAAGCCCCACUCCACUGUCAGAUGACUUAUCACUUGCUGCUCCAGACUCCUUGAAUGGAUCCAGAGGUGGGACUCCCCGCAGCUCAGCUCUUGUGCCCACUAUAGGUGACUCUUCCCUGGUUUCACAUGGCAUUGAGGCACAGGCCCGAGAGCAGACAGACUUCAGGACAGAAUUUAAUCUAAUUUACACCUGCUCUCCUCUCAAUGCCAAUCUGCCUGCUGGGCCUGUAAGUGACAAACGCUUCCCACAGUCAGAGGGAGGAUUUUCCAUGGCUGACUCUGACUUCAGCUCAGUGUGUAGCCAGGAGCCGCUUAUGGAGGUGGGGUCUGGUUCUCUCUCACCAUAUACAGACACACAGUUUGGAGGCGGAUAUUCAGAGAGCAGCACAUCCCCUCACCCGAACAAUCCACCACAGAAGAAAAAGGUCUCUCUAUUGGAGUACAGGAAAAGGAAGCAGGGGGCAAGAGACCCAGCGCCCCUCGUCACACACCUCAGCCCGCUCUGCCCUCUCAUAGAGUCUCCAGGGCGGCAGCACUUACAUCUUCAGACCUCAGUCUCUCCGCACAACUCAUUCUCGCCAGCACACCAAACUUUCCCACAGAUAGAGGAGGUCAGUCCUCCUGAUGUCCGGUCUGGAAACCACACACAGACUACAGUACCGGGUGGAUCAGAAUCCAGCCACUGGAUGGUGCCUACAUCGGUUGAGCGGUUAAGGGAAGGACACGGAGCUCUCGAGCGUGUUCUGAGGGGUAAUUUGAAGAUAGAGUGUGCCCUUAAAAGAGCAGAGGCUGGACCGAAUGACCAAAUCAGCAGUCGUGACAAGAGCUCUGAUGGAGUUGAUGACGUCAAGAGUCCAUCUAUGGCCACGAGGAGUCCUUCUGUCCACCCACAUCAGAUGCUGCCUCUUCAGCCCGAAUCCCAUCAGCACUCAGAAAGUCCCACCUAUCACCAACAAAGCUCCUCCUCUCCAUUUUGUCCCUCUUUAAUCCCCUCCCCAUCCGCCUGCAGUUCUGGAGGACAGGGGUACUACUCCAAGUUGUCCACACACACCCAGCUACCCCUAGAAAUCCCAUCAUCUUCAGGACUCCCCAUCUCCUCAGUGAACUCAACGAUGGGCGCGUCACACCCUCACAGCCACUCCGGAGGUGGUAUGGACACCUCUCAUCUUAAAGCAAAAUGGUUAGACCGCACCGUGUCAGCUGCUCUCACUUUACCCGCCAGAGUUCAAGGCCAACUUAAAAUGGACGGCACUGCAGUAGCACACACACAGGAUGCUCAUGGCUCCAGACUGGCACAGUCAUCCAGGGUGUACAGCCCUAAUCAGUCCAACUCAAGACAUAUAACAGCUUCUGGAGCACAGCACUAUUCACAACGACAUUUACAGGGUUCAGGGGUACAGACACAGUCAGGGACAUUUUAGGACCCUGUGAGUGUGUGUGUUUGGGUAUGUAUGUUUGUGUGUGUAUCAGAACGAUAAGUGUGUAUGUGUGACAUCCACCUCACCUAUACCUGUGGAGAAAAUAUGUUGGGCGAUGUAUAAACUUUAGGAGAGUUCUCCUUUUUGUCUUUCUUUGGCCUUCCCAGUUCUUUUUCUUUUUCCAAAAGCUGAAUUUACAUGUAACUUAGAGUGGACUUCAUAACAAUCAUUAAAAUCAAUGGAACAUUACAGUAGCUAGUUUGGAGUAUAAAAUAAGAUUUAAGUGUAUAAUUGAAAAUUUAUCCAGAUGUGUCAAUGACUUGUAAAGGCUUAGGUGCAAGUAUUUAAGAGUAGGUGGUAAACUGCUAAAGCGAAACUGUACCCGUUUCUCUAAAAGUAGGGUUCUCGUGUUUAAGACCUCUCGGAGUAAAAGUGAACAUUCUGAUCUUUAAUGACUUUUCAACUCUGUCUAAUGAAUGAUAUUCUGACCUUAUGAAAUGGCACUCUUACUUGUACGAUGCAGUACACGUGUGGGCUCAGCAUUCUGAUUUUCAGUUUUAUCCAAAAGUCCUCAUCAGAACGGUUCCAUAGUGUGUUCAUGGAUGGCAGACUCGGUUCAAAGCAAAGUGUCUUUGAAUGCACAAAAGCCGUUCUUAGUGAGUAUUUCCCUCACUCUGAAGCAUUCCAGUGUCUAGUUAUCUUUAGGGUCAGGUGGGCAUCUAGCCAGUUGAAUUCUCCUUUUAGCAUCAUAAAAUUACUCUUUUGGUUUUGGAGAUGAAUAUCCUCACUUAAUAUGUAAUACUUGACAAACAUUUUAUGGUGCUUCAGUUGGCUCAUUUGAAUUAUGUUUGAUAUUGUUUCCCAAGAUGAUCUCUUUGGAGUUGAGACAUGCAAUUGUCAGAUGAAACUUUUUGGUGUCCAGUGAUUGUUGAAGACUCUCUCUGUGACUUGGAAUGCACUGGGCAUUUAGAAAAGUUUUUGUUUAUACAGCGUAUAUUAUUUGUGGCCUCCUGGUCUUUGAAUCCUGUAGUGAAUACAUCAUAAGAUUUCCUCUCUUUUUGACCAGUUCUUGCAUUCCAACCACAAAAAUAAGAGAGGAGAAAAAUGCUUUGCCAAACAGUAUGAUCAGGAGAAAAGACAAAGCAGUCAUGCUGCUGUGGGCUCCUAAAUUCCCCUCUUUUUUGGCUCACAAGAUGGCCCUUUUUUAACAGAACAGGCAGAGUGCUAUACCUCCCUUUGAUGACACCGUUCUUAAUGUCACCAAGUCAUGUGCCAUGAUGACCACAGUAGUGGGCUAUUGAACAAAACAGAGAACUGUAGUCUUAACACCAUAGUUGUCUGCUUGGUGGACUUAUUAAGGUCCAGCAAUAGAUGGAAAAGAUUAAGUCUUUGUUUUUCUUUCACCCUAAUGUAAAAUGAUCUUUGAAAGAUGAGGGGUUAAUGUGGUCAGCCUUAGCUAACUGGUUUACAUGAAUGUCUGUCUGUCUUAGAGAGAAAAAAAAAAAAAGUCUUGAGGAAAGACUUUGUGACCCGGAAUUUGCCAGCACCUUAUCUACAGAAAGUUAUAAAACCAAGAAACUAAAUUGAUCAUGUGUAAUUGAGUGAAGUGUCAUUAUGUUCUCUGAGAAAUAUAGUACACCAGAUUUGUUGCA